AUGAAUUAUGCAUUCGAUUGCAUCGUGGGGAUACCGUGGCUGUCACGGUAUCAGCCGACGAUAGAUUGGCUAUCUCGGUCCGUCAAACGACGAAGCGGUUACGACGUAAGUGAAGUUUUCACUCAUCUGUUGGUAGCGCCAUCCGAUUGGCCUCACGUCAGGUUCGUGAACGAACUCGCCACGACUAGAAGUCAGCACAGAGAGAGCGAUGGCCCUCUGUGUCCGGUAUGUUCAGUCACACUGAUAGAACCACAACACGAGGCGGUCGAACAGAGGUUCCCGCAAACCCAGACAUCGGUCGAGCAGGGGCUCCCGAUUCACAACGAGACGGUCGAACAGAGGUUCCCGCAAACACAGACAUCGGUCGAGCAGGGGCUCCCGAUUCACAACGAGGCGGUCGAACAGGGGUUCCCGCACACACGGACAUCGGUCGAGCAGGGGCUCCCGAUUCACAACGAGGCGUUCGAACAGGGGUUCCCGCACACACGGACUUCGGUCGAGCAGGGGUUCCCGAGUUCUAGCGAGGCGGUCGAGCAGGGGCUCCCGCAUACACACACAACGGCCGAGCAGAGGCUCCCGAUUGCAACCGAGGUGGUCGAGCAGAGGCUCCCACAUACAUCUGAGGCGGUCGACGACGAGCUCCCGCCUCUUAUCGACGAGAAUGAACGGGCUGUGGACUUAAAUGUGAACGACGUGGUGGAGACAGAGCUCCCACGUCUAGCGGGGGGUACUUCAUCCUCCAGCGACAGCGACGUUCCAGCCUCGAGCAGUGGCUCAAGACGCAAGAGAAAGCGUAAACGCAAGAAAGGUGCACGCCGAUCACCAACACGACGAAAUUCUCGCUCAAGCGCCGUUGACGAUGAUACUGUAUUGACGGAAUCCGUUUGUGCGCUUGAAUAUGUGGAAGGGUCUUCACAUCGUGGCCGCUACGUUGAGGUAGCGAGCCCUCCGUGCACUGUUGCAGAGAUCACAUCUCUAUUAACCCUACCAUGGAAAGAUUUUCUUCACGACCUCAAGGCCGGCGGCAUCGAGCAAGUGUGCAUCAUAUCAGACGCCGAAGCAGCUAGUGGAGAAGUUCUGGAGGCUCGCCCAAAGAGCGCUGAGCCCAAAUCAGCGCGCGAAGAACGUUUCGUGGCACAGUCUUGGGAAGCCCUUCGUGCUUCGGGCAACCCUGUCUAUGAUAUCGCGCGUGAGUAUGCCAACAUUUUUCCGGAGAAUAUCCCCGCUGAGCUUCCAGCGAAUCGUGGUGUGCGACACGAGAUCGAUCUCGUGCCAGGAUCGAAGUAUUGCGUGACGCGGCAGUGGCCGCUACCGCGUGACCAAGUCAUCGCAAUUGAUGAAUUUUUUGAGGGCCGCCGUAAGGCAGGACACGUCCGCAAAAGCAUAUCGCCACAUUCGAGUCCGACUUUCUGUGUGAAGAAAGCCACCGGCGGUUGGCGCAUCGUGCAUGCUUUUAACAAGUUGAAUGACGCCACGAUCCCGGCUCAAACACCAAUUCCUCGGAAAGACAUGGUACUGGAUACCAUGUCCGGCAGCGAGAUUUUUAGCGCCAUAGACCUGACAGACGGGUUUUACCAGAUUUUAAUGAGGGACAGUGAUAUCCCGUUCACCGCUGUCAGCACGCUGAGUGGCAUGCUUUGGGAGUGGCUAGUCAUGCCACAAGGCCUUAAGAACGCUCCAGCAACGUUCAACCGGAUGGUGACACAAGUGCUUCGGCCACUACGUGAUUUCGCUCCAAGUUAUUUCGACGAUAUUUUUGUUCACAGCCGCGCUGAGCAACAACUCAGCGCUACGGAGGUCCACCUUCGGCAUUUGAAACAGGUGUUCCAAGUGAUGCGCGAGAACAAUCUGUACGCAAAUUUGAAGAAGUGUGUCUUCUGUGCUCCCGAGAUUCCAGUUCUUGGAUGCUAUGUUAGCAAGGAAGGUGUCCAUGCUGAACCCGAGAAAGUGUCAUCGAUAUGUUCAUGGCCUACGCCCAGGAACCAAACGGAACUACGCCAAUGGCUUGGCUUGGCCAAUUACUUGCAUAAGUAUACGAAGAACUAUGCAGAACUAAUCCAGCCACUAUCGACUCUACUGAAGAAAGACGCAGUUUGGUCAUGGAAAGCUGAACAUCACUCUGCCUUCAACUCUGUGAAAAAGAGCUUGUCUGAAGCACCAGUGCUGAUGUUGCCUGAUGAUUCCAAGCCAUUUCACGUCGUCUUUGAUGCGAGUAAUUUCGCUAUUGGAUGUGCCCUCAUGCAGUUUGACGAUGAGGGCCGAGAGCGCGUCGUGAGCUUUCAGUCACGACAGAUGAAACCCGCAGAGCGGAACUAUCCGGUACAUGACAAGGAACUUUUGGCUAUGCGUUACGCGCUGAUCAAGUUCAGAGUAUAUUUGCUCGGCGAGAAGAUGUUUUCGGUCUAUACAGAUCACGCAUCAUUGCGUACCGCCGUCAAGACUCCCCACUUGUCCCAGCGUAUGGCACGUUGGUUGUCAUACUUCUCAGAGUAUAAUUUCGUGGUCUUUUACAAACCCGGCAAGAACAACAUUCUUGCUGACGCGCUUUCUUGA